AUGUCCGCGGUGGCACGCGCCGGUGGCUGGAGGAUCGACUCCGCAAGGUUUCCCCGUCGUGCUCUGCUCCGAGUGGCAGCUGUCGAUCAGCUGGGCACCCUGCUGUCGACCCUGGGCGCGCCCUACGUGCCAGGACAAGUUCAGGUUGUGCUGAACCAGGCCGUGCUGCCCAUCACCAUGGGGCUCACGGCGGCCUGCGGCCGCCGCCACACCUGCGCCGAGGUGGCGGGCGCCGGCCUCGUGCUGGCAGGCGCCUCGGUGGCAGCGGGCCUUUCCGCCGGCGGGGCGCGCGGUGCUGAGGCGGCGCACGCCGGCACGCUGGUCUUCCUGGCGGCGCAGUUCGCGGUG